AUGCUUACGUUCACCUUGUCUCAAAGGGCGUCGCAGUCGAGCCUGCAGCUGCAGCUGGCGCCGUCGCUGGAGCACCAGACGGCGGCCAUGCUGAGCAUCCUGGAGCGCUACAAGUGGCACCAGUUCUCCGUCGUCACCAGCCAGAUCGCCGGACACGACGACUUCGUGCAGGCGCUGCGCGAGCGCAUCACCGAGAUGCAGGACCGCUUCAAGUUCAACAUCCUGAACACGAUUCUGGUGACGAAGCCGGGCGACCUGCAGGAGCUGGUGAACUCAGAGUCGCGCGUCAUGCUGCUCUACUCGACGCGCGAGGAGGCGGUGCACAUCCUGAAGGCUGCGCGCGACCUCAAGAUCACAGGCGAGAACUACGUCUGGGUGGUCACGCAGAGCGUCAUCGAGAACCGCGAGACGCCCUCGCACUUCCCCGUCGGCAUGCUGGGUGUGCACUUCGACACGAGCAGCUCGUCGCUGGUGAACGAGAUCACGACGGCCAUCAAGGUGUACGCGUAUGGCGUGGAAGACUUCGUUAACGACGCCCGCAACGCCGACCUGUCUCUCAACACGCAGCUGAGCUGCCACGGCGCCGGCGACUCGCGCUGGAAAACCGGCGACCGCUUCUUCCGGUACCUCCGCAACGUAAGCGUCGAAGGGGAACAGGGCAAGCCCAACAUAGAAUUCACGCCGGAGGGCGUUCUAAAGGCGGCCGAGCUGAAGAUCAUGAAUCUGCGGCCCGGAGUCAGCAAGCAGCUCGUCUGGGAAGAGAUCGGCGUGUGGAAGUCGUGGCAGAAGGAGGGCCUCGACAUCAAGGACAUCGUGUGGCCGGGCAACAGCCACACGCCGCCGCAGGGCGUGCCCGAGAAGUUCCACCUGAAGAUCACCUUCCUGGAAGAGCCGCCCUACAUCAACCUGGCGCCGCCCGACCCCGUCACCGGCAAGUGCAGCAUGAACCGCGGCGUGCUCUGCCGCGUCGCCAACGACGUCGACAUGGCGGGGUGA